AGUUCAAUACAGCCAUGAGGAAAUCGUAUCAAGAUGCCAUAAAUAGGAUUUUAAGCAAAGUGGAUUCUUGAUUUUUUUUAAACCCAAGUCUUUUUUGGAAUACUGUGCCAGGAUUGAGCGAGUAAUUCAGGAUUUCCCAGGUUUUCUUCAUCUAUAGAAGCCUAAGAGGAUAUCGUGGGAUUGGAAUUUCUCCAACUCUCUGGUUGUCUGACACUGACCUACAUCCGUCUCCUUUUGAUGUGUGUGGGGAUGUGAGUGUAGAGCGGAGUAGGACAGGUUUCAGUACAAACACACAAUAACCUCCCACCCCCCCCCGUGCUGGCUCGGAAUAAGUAGAAACACCUGGGGCAAGAUCUGUGCAACAUACACAUAUACACUCACACACACACACAAACCAGGAUAACAUGUGGAGCUGAUUCGGAUUAUAGAGCCGCACAGACGGAAAAGGUCUGUGAAUAGCCAGGCGUUCUACCAUGCCUGUCCCCCCACCCCUCAAUCCCUGCAGACAAAAACACCUGCCCCACACACAUCAUCCCGAACACAGAGCAGAAGGCUCCACCUUCCCUUCCCUCUUCCCUCCAUCCAUUCUGUCCAUCUCUCUUUUCUCCCCUCUUUUUGUUUCAUCUUUGUCAACUUCAUCCCAUCUCCUCCACUGCGCCUGUCCCAGGACUACAAAGAGAACCCUCCCAGACUCUGUCCCUUUCCCGGUCUUUCACUGGCUGACUCUGGUCACAUGCUGCCUGCUGCCUUCUCUAAUUGGUGCAGGAGAGACGUGGGGUGUGGUCUCGGCCUGUCCUUUCCACUGCGUGUGUCGAAACCUUUCAGAGUCACUCAGCACCCUCUGUGCCGACAAAGGCCUCCUGUUUGUCCCACCGCAUGUUGACCGGCGGACAGUUGAGCUGCGACUGGCUGAUAACUUUAUAACAGAAGUGGGCGGAAAUGACUUUGUCAACAUGACCGGGUUGGUUGAUCUGACACUGUCAAGGAACACCAUCCACCUUAUCCGACCAAUGGCCUUUGCUGACCUGGAGAGUCUGCGCUCUCUGCAUCUGGAUGGUAAUCGCUUGACAACACUUGGACCCAGAGACCUUGCAGGUUUGGUCAAUCUGCAGCACCUGAUCGUCAACAACAACCAGCUGACCAAGGUCUCGGUGCAGGCUUUUGAUGACUUCUUGCUCACACUGGAAGACCUCGACUUAUCUUACAAUAACCUCAGGAGGGUACCAUGGGAAUCCAUUCAGAACAUGGCCAGUCUGCACACACUGAACCUGGACCAUAACCUGAUAGAUCACAUAGCGGAAGGAGUCUUUGGAGAGCUGUAUAAGCUUGCAAGGCUGGAUAUGACCUCUAACAGGCUACGAACCCUACCUCCUGAUCCUCUCUUUGCAAGGUCUCAGACAGGUGCAAUAAGCCCCACCCCCUACAAUGCUGUCAUAAGCCUAAAUUUUGGGGGGAACCCGCUGCACUGCAAUUGUGAACUGCUUUGGUUAAGGCGCCUUAUCCGUGGAGACGACAUGGAGACGUGUGCUACUCCUGCUCACCUGGCUGGAAGAUAUUUCUGGUCAAUUCCCGAGGAAGAGUUCACAUGCGAACCACCUCUCAUCACUCGUCACACCCACAAGCUGUGGGUGCUGGAGGGCCAGCGAGCCACACUGAAGUGCCGUGCCAUCGGUGACCCAGAGCCAGUAGUCCACUGGGUUUCACCAGAUGAUCGCAUCAUAGCCAACUCAUCCCGGACCAGCUCCUUUAGCAAUGGGACCUUGGAUAUCUUGGUAACAGUUGCCCGGGAUGAUGGUGCAUACACAUGUAUUGCAAUAAAUGCAGCAGGUGAAGCAACUGCCACUGUGGACCUCAAAAUAAUCCCCCUGCCUCACCGGGGUGGAGUAGGUGGAAACACAGGGAGCAACAGUGUUAACACCAAGAACAGGAACAUAACCAAUGGGAUUUUACGGACCGAUCCAGGCUCAUCGGAUAUUAGCACAGCCAAAAAUGGAGGGAUUAACAAUGGCGUAGGACGUGGAGGAGAGGCAGAGGAUGGGAGAAGAGUUGGAGGGGAGGAUGAAGAGAAUGACAGCAGUAGGGCCUCUGAAGGGGAAAGAGCUGAAGGAGGAAGCAUGGAGGAAGAAGAUGGAGACGAAGAGGAAGGAAGGAUGGUUGGAGUACAGGGAGUAACGUCGACAUCGGCUCAGGUCCGAUGGGAUUUGGGGCGUUUGUCUGGAGCUUAUGUUGUCUGGAUGUAUCAGAUACAGUACAACUGCACUGCCGAUGAGACCCUCAUCUACAGAAUCUUACCAUCAACCAGCGACCGAUUCCUCCUGAAGAACCUGGUUUCUGGUGUGGACUAUAAUCUCUGCGUGCUGGCCAUUUUUGAUGACACAAUCACAUCUUUAGCUGCGACAAAAGUUCUGGGCUGCACAACGUUCUCCACCAAGGAUGUUUAUCCUGCAUGUCGCUCCCUCCAAGCCCACUUUCUGGGUGGGACGCUCACCAUACUGGUUGGAGGCGUUGUUGUGGUUACUUUACUUGUGUUUUCUGUGGCACUCAUGGUUCGCCACCGUGUUUGCAAUCAUAGCGAUCACAUAAUAUGUCACAGCAGCAACACUGAGGCAGGAGGCGGGGGCUGCUGUCAGGGUGGAAGCGUGGGAGGUGGAGACAAAGGAGGAAACAGUAGUGGGUGCUACCAAUCAAAUGGUUCUGGAGACAUGAUGAUGGUGGUCCUGCCCAAUGGUCUGCCUUCUAAGAGAGGAGCGGGGAAGGACAAUGAAAAGGAAAAAGAGGCUGAGUCUGCCUCUUCUGUGCCUCCAAAACUGCCUCCAAAGCCCAGGCCAAAGCCUAAAGUCAACCUGGAGCAGUUUCUUUCAGCUGGAGGUGUGGUUUCCACAACGACAGGGGCAGGAAGUGAGAUGGCAUUGGUGGUGAGGCAGCGAAAGCUGGAUAAGGCACUACCGUACACCUCAGAAAGUGACAGAACACCCCUCUACUACUCCCCUUCUCCUCCUUCAACCCUUCCCCGUCAGUCCCGUCAGAGGGAGCGCCCAAAACCCCGUUUGGAGCGUGAGCUGACCAAUCGGGCCAGUUUCUCUCUGGCGGCGCCCCUGAGAGACUCGGAGCUGUUGGACUGGAGAAUCACACCCAGAGGUAGGGACAAAUGGAACUCCUCACAGGCUUAUCAGAGCCCUGUUUCCCCUCUAAGCCCUGCCUGUGGAACAGUUAGCAAACGGAGGCACUCACUUGAUAUGGGCUCUUCGGUCGCUCUAGCGACUGAUGCUGCGGCGAGUGUCGCCAGGCGCUAUGGUGCUGUCAGUUAUGCCAAGCGGCUAAGCGUUAUCUGGACGAGGCGGAGCCAGUCGCUGCACGGAAUGCUGGUGCAGUGUGCGUCAACAACAAGCACAGCUUCAUCGACAACGAGCGACGAGGGCGAAAGCAGUCGGGGGUUCGGGGGUCACUGUGAUUUCCAAAGGGGAUAUAUUCAUGCUUAUAAUGCCACCAACUCCAACUCUAACACUGGGAUCACUCCUGGGAAAGCAAAUAACGGAAAAGACAGGGGUAGGGAAAAAGGAAAGGAUGGGAAGAGCGCUGAAGAACUGGAGGAAAGUGUUGUAUAGAGGCUGUGGAACGGAUUACAAAAAGUGAAGAGGGAUAAAGGGUUCUGUGUGAAGAUGGUCUGAAUGGGAUGCAGAUUUAAGAAGGCCAAAGCGGUGAGGCGGGAUAACAAAAGCAAAAUGAUUUUAGAUGAAAAACUUUCAGUUCAGAGGAAGGGAGCACUGCAAGCGACUCAAGUCUCACUUAUGCAGCUUCUUGAUUUGCCCUGUGAGGAGAGGGGAGAGUACACCAAGAAGUGAGGUGAGGAUUUGUAAGAGGCUCUCUGAGAUGUGAGAAAAAUUGGGGAUGCAGCAAAACUCCAUCUUAAAAAAUUUAAGGAAAAAAAAAAAAUACUGAUGACAGGGGGAAAAGAAAGCACAACCAUAAAAACAAAAAUCUAAGAGGUAAAGUAAGGAAAAAGAUGACAGAGGGGGAGUAGUGACAUGUAAAGGCAGGAAAGAUGUAAUCUAACGAGGGAAAACAUCAGCAGGGCAACAGAACAAAGGUUACAGCAGAGACAGAGAUGGCGUGAACUCUGCGUGGAUCACAGGAAAGCCUGUACACCAACAGUACCAGACUUCUGCUAACCCUUCAAUUCUCCAGAGUCUCAGCUCCCACGCCACCAUAAGGAUUUACACUGGAUCAAGAAGAAUAAUAACACAACUGUUAAUACUGGAGAAACACUUCUGACAGAAAUACAUCAGUGGAAAAGGUCUGGAUGACAAAGCCCCUCUCUGUUGUUCUGGCUUUCACACAGACAGCCAUUUUGAAGCUCUUUUCUGAAAUGCAAUGAAUGUGACUUUUAUGUGUCCUCUGCGUCUGGACAAUGAUUUUGGCUCGCUGUGCCUGCGGAUUAUGGGAGUAUAAAUACAGAGCUGGGUGGAUUGGACAUGAUCAAUCGAUACAGGCUGGAAACCGCGAGGGUAGCACAGACGUUAUUAAAAGAAAGACACUGGAAUUACAAUGGAGUUGAUAUGGAUUACAAAAUGGAGGAGACAGAAGUGUACAAUGGAACGCGUAAGCGUGGGCAUUCCUGAAAGACGAGAUCGCAUCGGAUGUCGGACGAUAAUGGACCAACCAGAUGAAUAAUGCUAAUGGACGUGUAAGUGUGCGUGCAUCUAUGGAUCAGGGAUGGGAUGCAUUUGUGUGCCUGUGUGUAUAUGAAUGUUUGUUUGGGGGGGGGGGGGUGAACUACACUCCAUGUUUCAAAAAUGUUUAGUGCUUUCUGAACAUGCUGUAAAAAAAAUAAAAUAAAUUUAAGGUAAGAGGUGGUCUUGAGCUCUACCCAGAGUGAAGGAAGAGUGAAACGUUUAAAUACAGCACAACGAGUACAAGUUGUUAUUUUCAGCAGUGUAGCAUGGUCAGGAAGCGGAAAGCGUUAAAUGGAAAUUAAAAUUUCAAAUUCAUUUUGUGUGACUUCAAACUCCUUUGUGCCACAUGGGUUCAUGUUAAAUCCAAAUUGAAUGUUCUCAGAAAGGAAGCAGUUAAAAAUAAAUCAAUUAGAAACUGCCGUGGAAGCCGCUAACGCUAUAAAAUCUUUGUUGGAAGACUCCAACAGACUCAAAAACAUCCAUCAAAAAGGAAAAAAAAAGAAAACUUGAA